ACGCACCCACACUCCUAAUCCCAAUUGGCCUAACAGAAACAACCUUCUCCUUUAAAUCUCCUAAAGCCAUUGCUCACGCUAAUACGCACCCUAUCUCUCUCUCUCUCUCCUCGCUAGCCUGCGCCUAUGGAGAACUACUCCUACAACUCGUCGUACCCGGAGUCCGGCGAUUCCUCCCCGCGCUCUCGCGAAAUUGACUUCGACAAUCCGCCGCCGUGGGAGGAUACGCAGGGGAAUCAGCCUCCGCCGAAUUUUAAGGUCAAGUUUAUGUGCAGUUACGGUGGGAAGAUUCAUCCUCGGCCGAACGAUAACCAGUUGUCGUACAUCGGAGGCGAUACCAAAAUUCUCGCAGUCGAUCGCAACAUAAAGUUCGGGUCUCUGCUGUCCAAGCUGAUUGCGCUGUGUGAUUGUGAAAAUAUCUCGUUUAAAUAUCAGUUGCCUGGUGAAGAUCUGGACGCUUUGAUUUCGGUGACCAACGAUGACGAUUUGGAGCACAUGAUGCAUGAGUAUGAGCGGUUGUGUAGGGUUUCUCCUAAGCCUGCGAGGCUGAGGAUUUUCAUUUUCCAGACGCAGAAUCAGAGCCUGAAUUCCUCGACUCGGAGCUUUGGGUCGGAUGAGGUUAAGUCGGAGAAGGAAAGGUUUGUUGAGGCGUUAAAUUCUGCGCCUAUUAUGACUGCGCCGCCGCAGUCGGCAUCCGCUGCGGUUGCUCCUAAGCCGCAGGCCCCGGCUGGCAACGCGGAUUUCUUGUUUGGAUUUGAGAAGGUAAAUGCAAUGGCGGGACAGCCUCUCGCGCAGCCGACGAUGGUGGGAAGAGUAACAGAGGUUGACGAUCCGAUUCAUGCUCCGGGUUUGGAUGAGAGGUUUACGGGGUUGGAUCCGAUCCAGAAGCACAUUCAAGAUCUACAGAGGCUGAGGCUUGAGGAGCAACAAGCAACUUACCAAAGGAAAAGCGAGGAUAAUCUUACAGGAGGGUUAACCGGUGGCGAAUAUUAUAAGGUACCGGAGAAAAUCUCUCCGGUAGCGGUUCCCGGCGGCGUUCCCUACUGGACCGAUAAGCAGGUUCCAGGCGGGGUUUUCCCGGGAAGUAGCGUCAACAACGAGCAGCAAGUCUACAUGAUUCCAGCUCCGGCUAGCGCGUACCACGCGCCUCUAGUCAGACCAGUGACCGGAGCACCGACUCAGGGCUACUAUACAGUUCAUCAGAGGAUACCAUCUGAUGUCUACCGAGAUCAGCAGCAGAUGUACAAUGUGUUCUCACAGGCACCAGUUCCGUCGAUGCCAGCGGCCCCACCGACACUACCGCCACAGAAGGCCACCGCAUAUUCUGAGGGUUACCAGAUGGUGCGGCCAGCGGCUACGGGCGGGAUAGGGGUGGUGACAGAAGCGGGGUACGCACAGAUGACGUACGACGGCGGGAUGGGGAGACAGGUGAUCUACACUGCACCAGGGGGUGUAAUGGGGACGCCAGCGCAAGUUCAAGCGACAGCUCAGUAUCAAGCCGUGGCUGGAGGCGUGAGCGCUGACAUGAGACAAGCUGGCGCAGUAGUACUGAACCCGGAAGCAGGGGGCAAAGGUGUGGGUGUCGGAAAGGUUACGCAAGCAUCUGUGUGACUGAUUGAUUAGCGGGGUUAUCAUGUUACAGUUAGUCAUAUUAUCUUGCAAACUUUGAUUAGUUCAUUACAAAAUGAUUUGUGUGGUUUACGUCGGUCGACUUAUAUGUUACUUUUUUGGUUUUCCUUUCAGUUUAGCUAAUUACGUUGUUUUUGUACAUUGAAGUGGAAAUGGAACAAAAUCAUGGUUGUUCUACUA